AUGGAGCCACCGGACGGCGCUAAUCCGGCGCGUUCGGCAGCCCAAACGAAACUCCAAGAUGCGCCGAUUCAACCUUUGGAUGGAAACACAGGGAAGAUCUCAUAUGCCACUAGAGUGACCAUGGCUCCUCCUACAUCUGCAUCAUCCACUCGCCGGGGAUGCGAAGCUGUAACUGCAAGGAAGACAACACAUAACGAAAUACCUGCUAUAAUCUUCAAAGCAAAGGACUAUUAUGGAGUUAUGGCGGAGGAAUGUAGAAGAACCAUUGUGGGAAGAUUUAUCAAAAUCAGACCACAAAUAGAGAAAAUUAGAUCGAGAUUUGCGGAGAAAUUCACCCUAAAGGGAUCAGUUAAAAUUGGAGUCUAUGAUAAUCACAAUGUGUUCCUGGAUUUUACCAACGAUGAGGAUGUCAACACAAUAUGGUUCAGGAGGGUUAUUAAAAUUGAAGGCCGUCAAAUGUGGCUCCAGAAAUGGACGCCAGAUUUUAAACCAGAAGAAGACAUCCCAAUUGUCCCAGUAGCCAGUGCAGUUGGAAUUCCAUUAGAGAUGGACAUAGCUACUGCCUGCAGGACCCGUCCUAGCAUGGCGAAGGUUAGAGUGGAGGUUGACCUACUGAAGCCAUUGCUAACUAGUGUCUGGGUAGGUUCAGAUGAUGAAGACUCUCCAUUGAGAGGCUUUACACAGAUGGUGAAGUACGAAGGAGUUCCCAAGUACUGUAGGCAUUGUAAAAAGCUCGGGCAUUCGUUGAUCGAAUGCAGGGUGUUGGAGAAGAAUAAACAGGUAGAACAAAGGGAGAUAGAAAGAAUGGAAGAAAAGGCACAAGAGGGAGAUGAGGCAAGUAGCAGAGGAGCAGUGGGAACAGAAAAGAGGAAAGAACAGGGAGGGAUGGAAGUUAAUGAAACUAAUGAAAAACAAUAUGACAAAAAUGAAAACAAGCCUGAGAAUGCAGCACCCAUCGCAGAAAAGAUAGACAGCACAGAAGAAGACAAUACAAUGAGGAAGAGAACAAGAAGGAACAAGAAGAGGAAUGGAAGUGCAAAGAAGGCUGCUAAAAAGAAACCAAAUGUGACUUUCAAACCGGGGAUAAGCAAGCUGAUAGAGAACAGAAAUAAGGCCGGGCAAGAAGAGGACCAAAUGGCGGGUACAACUCACAGAAUGGAGACCUCUAACAAUAUAGACAAUGUGGAGAAGAAGACAAAUGAAAUACCACAAACUAGCUCUGAAGUACAAGGAAAAACAAAGCAGGCCUAUAUUGAAAAAUCUAGCAGCAGCAUUCAAAGGGUAGAGGAGUCUAUAUUGGAGUCGUCAAGCCUAGGAUCAGAAAUUAAGAACCAGUCGGGUAUACAGCUGGUGGUGGAUCUGGGGAAGCAUCAGAUGACUCUCCAAACUACAAGCAAGUUGGCUAUACAAACAUCGAAUGAUGACUGUUUGAAGCAACUUGAGGAGGAGGCUCCUAAUAGCUCGGAAGAUGAACAAGUAGACAGCUUGAUUGAUGAGCAAGAAGAUAGCUUCCAACAACAUCUAAAAUAG